CAGUUACAAGACAGACAUACCAAAGAACAGUGCCACCAUUAGUUAUGCGGUCUUUAAAAUGUGUAAGCUUCUUGCUUUGGAUGGUCAUCCUAUUGGCCACCAUUGGGUCCUUCGGCACCACUGCCCAUAGAGAAUUGCUGAUGGCAACGAGAGGAGUAGAAACCAAGCUGGUAAGAACUGAGCUCACUGUUGAGAAGACCAACAUAGAUGAGGAAAUCAGAAACAAUGUGCCGACAGUACGAAAGAUGGAUUUUGGAACUGCCGACGCAAAUGAUGCUAGAAGCAUACCAAGCUCAGGAGAUAUUAAGAAUAACUCAACAAAUUCAUGUGCUCCUUCCAGUGUAAUAAAGGAUAGUGGUAGCUCCAGGAUGAAGGCACGACCAUCCAUGGGCAGCAUAAAACUAGAAGGAAGCAUAUCAGGGCAAGUACUGAAUGUUCCAAAUCCUCGACAUAUCCGAAUAUUGCCAUCCAGGAAUCCGAGUUCAGGCUCCAAAACAGAACUGGAAGACUCCAUUGUUCCCAGCACCUUAUAUAAAAAUAAUGAUGACAGGAAGCACAAAAUGCUAGAGGCCAGUGAUGAAGUUCUCAAAUUUCUUAACAGGGAUUACAAUCGCUUUCCUCGUAGGAGGACACCAGUCCAUAACUAAGAAUAAGGUGCUUAUGCUGAUUUUCGGUAAAAAAAAGGGGUGCUUAUGCUGAGUCCUAGUUUUGUGGCCUAUGUUAUUUCUCUUGUGGUGUUUCGGUAUAACUAUUAUCUUAUGUUUUGUAAUGUACUACAUUGAAUAAUAAUUGGGCCACUUGAGUUAA